CGUUUCGCAGCCGCAGACCAAGCUCCGCCAGAUUUCUGAUUCCGAGUCCACGACACGCCAGGCGCGACCAGCAUUGAGCAACGCACUACACACACCAACCCUUUUUUUCGCAUUCCAACAUCACCAACCACACAUAAUGACUGGAAGAGGUGGCGGCGGUGGUCGCCGCGUUUUGUUGCCCCCAAUCAACUUUCUUUUCCGCCUCCUGCAACAGCGCACCACAGUCCAGAUCUGGCUGUACGAGCAGCUGUCGAUCCGCAUUGUUGGCACCAUUCGGGGAUUCGAUGAGUUCAUGAACUUGGUCAUCGACGAUGCGGUCGAGGUCAAGCAGAUUUCCAAGACGAACGAUACCGAAUCCAGGAGGCAAUUGGGACAAAUCCUGCUGAAGGGCGAUAACGUUUCCCUCAUCCAGAGCGUGUCCGGGUGAGGCGCCGGCGGGACGCUGCUUUCGCGUGGCGGAAGCGUGACAUGAAUCGAUUUCCACAUAACGUCAAUCAGAC